AUGGCCGCUGUCCAGGGAGCUAUUUCGAAGCGCCGCAAGUUCGUCGCCGACGGUGUCUUCUAUGCCGAGUUGAACGAGUUCUUCCAGCGCGAGCUGGCUGAGGAGGGCUACUCUGGUGUUGAAGUCCGUGUCACUCCCACCGUCACCGACAUCAUCAUCCGUGCCACCCACACUCAGGAGGUUCUCGGUGAGCAGGGUCGCCGCAUCCGCGAGCUCACCUCCCUCAUCCAGAAGCGCUUCAAGUUCCCCGAGAACUCCGUCUCCCUCUAUGCCGCCAAGGUCCAGAACCGCGGUCUGUCCGCCGUCGCUCAGUGCGAGUCCCUCCGCUACAAGCUCCUCAACGGUCUGGCCGUCCGCAGAGCCUGCUACGGUGUCCUGAGAUUCAUCAUGGAGAGCGGUGCCAAGGGUUGUGAGGUUGUCGUUUCCGGAAAGCUGCGUGCUGCCCGUGCCAAGUCCAUGAAGUUCACGGACGGUUUCAUGAUCCACUCCGGUCAGCCCGCCAAGGAGUUCAUUGACAGCGCCACCCGUCACGUUCUCCUCCGCCAGGGUGUUCUUGGUAUCAAGGUCAAGAUCAUGCGCGGCUCCGACCCCGAGGGCAAGGCCGGUCCUCAGAAGACCCUCCCUGACUCCGUCACCAUCAUCGAGCCCAAGGAGGAGCAGCCCGUCCUGCAGCCCAUGAGCCAGGACUACGGUGCCAAGGCUCUCGCCGCUCAGCAGCUCGCCGAACAGCAGCGACUUGCUGAGCAGCAGGCCGCUGAAGGCCAGGAGGGUGCCGGUGCGGAGGCUUACGCCCAGGAGUAA